AUGGCCUCAGAAUGGCACUGCACGGUCUGUCCCGCUACUUUUACUCGCGCAGAACAUUUAAAACGGCAUAAUGCGUCUCGUUCGUCUACCUACCAGCCCUAUGGUCCGACACUGCUGAUUGAUCCGAUGGAUAUACUCCGAAGGCAUGAAAAAACCUGCAAAUCUCGAGUCCACUCAUCCUUCGAAAAUGAGGGUCGCGUCCAUUCGGAUGAAGAGAGACAGUCAAAACGACGUUGCUCAAUAGGGUUGAAUGAUCCGGCAACCUUGCCUUUGCCCGAGGCUGAUCCUCUCGCGCUUGAUUUUUCCUUUCCUGGUUGGGACUAUGCCGAGCCAACACAGGUACUGGAUUCACUUGCGACCAACUCCAGAAGCACAUCCGAGCUUGCCAAGUUAGAUAGUUCUUCCUAUUUUACGGGGAACGAUCUUUUAGCAGACAUCCCGUCACCUCUGGAUUUCUCCACCUUGGAUCUUCUGUAUUCUCCGCAACUGACCUCGGAUAUCAUCCUUGCUGAGCGACUGGAAUAUCUUGCAUAUUUUACUAGCUCACGUGGAAUGGCCACAUUUGCGGACCGCCAAUCGUUCCGGCGAAGUCAGAAGAUCGUGAUGGAUGCCUACGAAGCCAAAUUGCUGCAGCAGCCUACCCCACGAAUCAAUCAUGCGGAUGGCCACGAACUACGUCCCGAUUUAGACCCAUCUCCAACACACGAGUCUAUCUCUGAUCCACUAGACGCCAAAUCUCACCAGCUUGUCGAUAGUCUCAGAACUGUCAUUUGCGGAAGGCGAAACGACGAUGUCAUCACCCUAGAUUGGUCCCCAUCUCGGAACAAACUAUGUCAAGAGUUCUUCUCUCCACCCAACAUACGCCGCUUUCUGGAAUAUUUUUGGUCAUUAUGGUACCCCCACUGUCCGAUUGUGCACAGGCCGCUUUUCGAUUCAGAUGCAGCCACGCCGGCACUGCUAUGCGUGAUGGUGGUCAUUGGGGCAUGCCUUUCUUCGCGCGACAGUGACUACCAGACAGCCAGAAUGUGGCUGGAUAGUGUGGAGGAACUGACUUUUGGCCAUGUUUGUUUUCGAAAGAGCCAUUCGCAGGGGUAUGAUGAUAUUAGUUGGAAAAAGGAGAUGCUGCAGUGUAUUCAGGCGGCAUAUCUUGUUUGCUCGCUGCAGAAGAGAGAAGGAUCUGCGGAAGCUCAGGCCCGCAUCCGACGAUAUCGGCAUGCUUCCAUGGUCACAUUGGCAAGAAACAUCGGACCUGGAAAUGCUUCCCACCGAAAUCUCCGCCUGGAUGAAGCUUCGCUAUCAUGGUGGAAGCAGUUCGCCGAGGAAGAAGAGCUGAUCAGAACUCUCAUAUUUGUCUUCUUGAUUGACACAGCCCUCGUUAUCUUGCACAAUUCACCACCCCGGAUGGUUAUCCCCGAGAUGAAGAUGGAUGUAUCAUGCCCCGAGGCGUGUUUCCAGGCCGAGUCUGCAUCGGAAUGUCUCGUCCUUCUUCGUGAAUGGGCCCACACUCGGUUUUGGAAGGACAGAUUAUCUGUUGUGUCAGUGGUAAGGCGCAUUUGCCAGAACCAAGUGCAGGAUAACCUGAUCAACGACUACGCGCGGUUGGGGACACUUAAUCUUUUUACAGUGGUGCAAGGUAUGCUUGACUUCUUUAAGACAUUUCAAUUCACUGACACCAUCAAAGCAAUCCAUUCCCUCAUGUUCCACCUGCAAAACUCCCUUGUUUUCGAAUCGACACUAGCACCCGUGCAGACAGGGCUUGAGAACUGGAGACGGAUCUGGAACGAAAGAAUCCCCGAAGAUCAAAAUAUUCCCGAUACCGCGGAGAACAUAUGGAAAAAGGUUGGAUUUCUGCGCCAGGCAUCGGAGUUCUGGCACCUGGCUCGGAUCUUCGCGGCCAAGAUCGGGUCAACGAGUGACGGCUUUGAUGACCCCGCAGAGACGGCCUCUCAGAUGCAUUCUAGCUACGAUCAUACGGAUAUGGGCGAUGUGAAUGGGCUUAUUAUGGAGUAUCGAAGGUUGAAUUUGGGUGUGAGCUAA